UCAACACACAACACAACACAAAAAAUUUGAACUCAAAGCUCAAAGCUGAAAAUUAAUUCAUUCUCUGAAUGGCUUCUUCAACUUCAACGUGGGUUAGAGGCAAGUGCGUUGGAAGGGGCGCCUUUGGCACCGUUAACGUGGCGGUUACAAAAUCAGACGGUUACGUUUUUGCAGUUAAGUCCGUCGAUCUUUUAACGGCUCCGACGGCUCAGAUUGAAGCUUUGGAGAACGAGAUUAGGAUCUUGAGGCUCCUACCUCCCAGUCCUCACGUGAUCACUUUCCUCGGCGACGAUGUCACGUGCGAGAGGAGCAACGGGGCUUCCACGUUCAGAAACCUGCACUUGGAGUACAUGCCACGUGGCACCGUCGCUGAUUUGGACCCUGCUGACGUGGACGAACGGUUGGUUCGGCGUUACGCUUCCUGCUUGGUUCACGCGCUGCGCCACCUCCACGCUCUUGGCGUUGUUCACUGCGACGUUAAGGGAAGGAACGUGCUAGUUUCCGACGACGGCGGAGCGGUGAAGCUCGCGGAUUUUGGAUCCGCUGCGGAAUAUUCCGGCGAGAGUUGCGUUGGUUCGAGGGGGAGUCCGAUGUGGAUGGCGCCGGAGGUUGUUCGCCGGGAGUACCAGGGGCCGGAGUCUGACGUGUGGUCGUUGGGUUGCACGGUGAUUGAGAUGGUCACCGGAAAGCCACCGUGGGAGGAUCGCGGCGCUGACACGCUGAGUCGGAUCGGGUAUUCUAGCGAGUUGCCUGAGUUUCCGACUCGGUUAUCGGAACUCGGUCGGGACUUCCUAGAGAAGUGUCUGAGAAGGGAGAAGAGUGAGAGGUGGAGCUGCGAUCAGCUUCUACAGCAUCCAUUUUUGGUCGAUGAGGGUUCCAUUAAGGUUUUGGAAUCGUCGCCUCGGUGCAUUUUGGACUGGGUUGACUCGGGGUUCGAUUCGUACGAAGAAGAAGGAGAGAUGAACUGGGAAGGUGAGUGUGUGAGUUCGGCGAAGGGUAGAAUUGGUAAAUUGGCUACGGGGAUAGGGGCAAACUGGGAAACACAGGGAUGGGUAGUGGUGAGAGCAUUGGCAUCUGAGUCUGACGAAGAAGCAACGAUAAUAACAGAAGCAACAGGAAACAGAGAAGAACGGGUAGUUUCGGAAUUCGGAAAUGAUGUGGCGAGGGUAGAAUCGGGAAUUGAGGUUGGGGCAUGUGGGGAAUAUUCGGAUUUUUGUGGAAGGACAGGAGAGAAAGUUGGAAGGGUAAAAUGGGAAAGGCGAAAGAACAACAAAAGGUUGGUGUGGCGGCGGUGGAAGCUCCACCGGCAGGGUGGUGGUUGUAGCAAUAAGUGGGAAAAUGAGUUGGAUAAGAAUGGGAUUAAAGGAAUAUUCACAAUUUACAGCUUGUAUUGUAAAAUAUUUAAUUUGUAUUAUUAUCUAAUUUUCUCAGUAUUUAUUAUCAAUAAAUUAUGUCUUUCGAGCACACUUAAUUGUUUUACUGUAUGCGACAUGGAAAAUUCGUUAAUAUUAAUUUAAAUAUAAGAAAAAUUU